AUGGAUCACCAUGAAGCUCUUCAGCUCUUUAGCCAGCAUGCUUUCAAAAGCGACAAACCUGAUGAUGCUUUUGCGAAUGUCAUAAAACUUGCACUAAAGUGUGCUAACGGCCUUCCACUCGCUUUACAAGUGAUUGGCUCAAAUCUAUAUGGAGAAGAUAUACAUUUUUGGAAAAGUGAAUUGGAAAAGUACAAAAGAAUUCCAGAAGAAAAUAUCCACAAAAAACUCAAAAUAAGUUAUGAUGGAUUAGAUUAUCAUACAAAAAAGAUUUUUCUUGACAUUGCAUGUUUCUUCAAAGGAUACAACAGAGAUUAUGUCACUAAAAUAUUGAAUGGUUGUGGUUUCUUUGCCGAUGCCGGUAUCAAAAAGCUCAAGGAUAAAUGUCUCAUAACUAUUGAUAAAAAUGAUGAACUGAUGAUGCAUGACUUGAUAGAAGAUAUGGGUAAAGAAAUUGUCCGACAAGAAUCACCCGAAGAACCAGGCAAGCGGAGUAGAUUAUGGUUUUAUGACGAUAUUCGUGAAGUACUUGAAAGAAAUAAGGGAACAGAGCAAAUUGAAGGCUUAUUGAUAAAUCCACCUUGGGAGGACAGCUGCAUGAUAUGUUUGGAUUCUGAGGUGUUUGCAAAAAUGGAAAAACUCAGAAUAUUAAUAGUUAGCAGCGACAUCGUCAUUUUUUGUGGCGGAUUGAAUUAUCUCUCUAAUGAGUUAAGAGUUAUUGAUUGGCCUUAUUGCUCUUUGAAGUUUUUGCCAUCUAACUUUCAUGGAGAGAAACUCAUUGAUUUAACGAUGUUUGGAAGCAUGAUUAGAGAUUUAGGCACGAGUUUGCUAUCUAAGAACUUAACAAGUAUAGAUCUCAGUUACUGUGAAUACUUGACAAAAAUAUCGGAUCUUUCAAGUUGCUCAAAUCUAGAGGUGUUGCUUCUUAAAAGAUGUGGAAGUUUAGUUGAGGUUCAUGAUUCUGUUGGACUUUUGGAUAAGCUCGUUAAAUUGGAUUUUAGAUAUUGUUCCAGCCUAGAGAAGUUGCCAAGAAGUUUCGAGUUGAUAUCUCUAAAAUUACUUGAACUUGAAGGUUGUACAAGCCUUGAAUACUUUCCUGAAAUUAAGUGUGAAAUGGAAUAUUUGAAAUGCGUCAAGUUAGAAAGGUGUGAGCAACUUGUGGGGCUACCUUCAUCCAUUACAUGCCUCACUGGGCUCGAGACGUUAUAUAUAAAUAAGUGCGACAGCCUUGUGCAUUUUCCAGUAAACAUUUUUCAGUUGGAACAUCUACAGGAUGUUUCCAUCAUUCGUUGUCCAAAUUUUGUAAAUUUUGGAAAGGAGGUGGGGCAUAAUGGACAAUUCGUGUCAUGUAUUUUAUCUCGCACAUAUAAUUUCUCAUCCAGUUUGAAGACUUUAAAUCUAUCACAUAGUGGUAUUGUUAGCCUUUCUCCAUGCAUCGAAGGAUUUGUUGGAUUGUCUAAACUUGAUUUGAUAGACUGCUCUCAACUUGAAGAAAUUCUAUACCUUCCACCAAAUAUAAAAGAGGUAAAUGCCCAAAGAUGUUCUAGCCUAAAGAAUUUCUUGCCAGAAUCAAAUAAUUUAUCUCGGACAUAUAAUUUCUCAUCCAGUUUGAAGACUUUAAUUCUAUGUGGUAGUGGUAUUGUUAGCCUUUCUCCAUGCAUCGAAGGAUUUGUUGGAUUGUCUGAACUUGAUUUGAGAGACUGCAAGCAACUUGAAGAAAUUCUAUACCUUCCACCAAAUAUAAAAGAGGUAAAUGCCAGAGGAUGUUCCAGCCUAAAGAAUUUCUUUCCAGAAUCAAAUAAUUUAUCUCAGACAUAUAAUUUCUCAUCCAGUUUGAAGACUUUAAUUCUAUGUGGUAGUGGUAUUGUUAGCCUUUCUCCAUGCAUCGAAGGAUUUGUUGGAUUGUCUGAACUUGAUUUGAGAGACUGCAAGCAACUUGAAGAAAUUCUAUACCUUCCACCAAAUAUAAAAGAGGUAAAUGCCAGAGGAUGUUCCAGCCUAAAGAAUUUCUUUCCAGAAUCAAAUAAUUUAUCUCGGACAUAUAAUUUCUCAUCCAGUUUGAAGACUUUAAUUCUAUGUGGUAGUGGUAUUGUUAGCCUUUCUCCAUGCAUCGAAGGAUUUGUUGGAUUGUCUGAACUUGAUUUGAGAGACUGCAAGCAACUUGAAGAAAUUCUACACCUUCCACCAAAUAUAGAAAUGGUAGAUGCUAGAGGAUGUUCCAGCCUAAAGAAUUUCCUUCCAAAAUCAAAUAAUUUAUCUCGGACAUAUAAUUUCUCAUCCAGUUUGAAGACUUUAAUUCUAUGUGGUAGUGGUAUUGUUAGCCUUUCUCCAUGCAUCAAAGGAUUUGUUGGAUUGUCUGAACUUGAUUUGAGAGACUGCAAGCAACUUGAAGAAAUUCUACACCUUCCACCAAAUAUAGAAAUGGUAGAUGCCAGAGGAUGUUCCAGCCUAAAGAAUUUCCUUCCAGAAUCAAAUAAUUUAUCUCGGACAUAUAAUUUCUCAUCCAGUUUGAAGACUUUAAUUUUAUGUGGUAGUGGUAUUGUUAGCCUUUCUCCAUGCAUCGAAGGAUUUGUUGGAUUGUCUGAACUUGAUUUGAGAGACUGCAAGCAACUUGAAGAAAUUCUACACCUUCCACCAAAUAUAGAAAUGGUAGAUGCUAGAGGAUGUUCCAGCCUAAAGAAUUUCCUUCCAAAAUCAAAUAAUUUAUCUCGGACAUAUAAUUUCUCAUCCAGUUUGAAGACUUUAAUUCUAUGUGGUAGUGGUAUUGUUAGCCUUUCUCCAUGCAUCAAAGGAUUUGUUGGAUUGUCUGAACUUGAUUUGAGAGACUGCAAGCAACUUGAAGAAAUUCUACACCUUCCACCAAAUAUAGAAAUGGUAGAUGCCAGAGGAUGUUCCAGCCUAAAGAAUUUCCUUCCAGAAUCAAAUAAUUUAUCUCAGACAUAUAAUUUCUCAUCCAGUUUGAAGACUUUAAUUCUAUGUGGUAGUGGUAUUGUUAGCCUUUCUCCAUGCAUCGAAGGAUUUGUUGGAUUGUCUGAACUUGAUUUGAGAGACUGCAAGCAACUUGAAGAAAUUCUACACCUUCCACCAAAUAUAGAAAUGGUAGAUGCUAGAGGAUGUUCCAGCCUAAAGAAUUUCCUUCCAAAAUCAAAUAAUUUAUCUCGGACAUAUAAUUUCUCAUCCAGUUUGAAGACUUUAAUUCUAUGUGGUAGUGGUAUUGUUAGCCUUUCUCCAUGCAUCAAAGGAUUUGUUGGAUUGUCUGAACUUGAUUUGAGAGACUGCAAGCAACUUGAAGAAAUUCUACACCUUCCACCAAAUAUAGAAAUGGUAGAUGCCAGAGGAUGUUCCAGCCUAAAGAAUUUCCUUCCAGAAUCAAAUAAUUUAUCUCGGACAUAUAAUUUCUCAUCCAGUUUGAAGACUUUAAUUCUAUGUGGUGGUAUUGUUAGCCUUUCUCCAUGCAUCGAAGGAUUUGUUGGAUUGUCUGAACUUGAUUUGAGAGACUGCAAGCAACUUGAAGAAAUUCUAUACCUUCCACCAAAUAUAAAAGAGGUAAAUGCCAGAGGAUGUUCCAGCCUAAAGAAUUUCUUUCCAGAAUCAAAUAAUUUAUCUCGGACAUAUAAUUUCUCAUCCAGUUUGAAGACUUUAAUUCUAUGUGAUAGUGGUAUUGUUAGCCUUUCUCCAUGCAUCAAAGGAUUUGUUGGAUUGUCUAAACUUGAUUUGACAAACUGUGAGCAACUUGAAGAAAUUCUAUACCUUCCACCAAAUAUAGAAGAGGUAAAUGCCGUAGGAUGCGUGUUAUUGGAACGCUUUCCUCAUGUAUCGACAGAAUCUUCAUUUGGUACACCCGACUUAAAACGGCUAACAUGGAUUAACUUAUCGGAAUGCAAUAAAGUGGAAGUGAAUGUAGGGAAUCAUGCGCCAGAUCCAUUAAUGGUACAGGAACGCUUUCGGGAGAAAGAAUCAAGUACGAUUAUACAUCCAGGAAGUAGGAUUCCAGAGUGGUUCAAGUAUUGCAAGGAGACUACUUCAUUAAGUAAAUCUAUUGAAAUAGAAAUUGAUCAUAAUGCGUCCAUGUGUUUUGGGCAUCUGAUCGUGGCAUUAGUUUUGUGUUUUGUUGUGGAAUCAGUAAGGACUUUGUAUGGUUUUACUAUCUCAGUAAAUGGCCAGCAAAUUGGAAAUGAUAAUACGCGGUUCGGAAGUUUUUGGUCAAUGUACCCACAAGAUGUUUUAUAG